AUGUGUUCUCAUAAGGCUGAAUUAACUGUCGCGAAGCACUUGAUUGGCUUCAUCAGUAUUAUAAUGAAUGGAUGUAUCUUCAUUUGGAUAGGCAGCAAAAAUCGCUUAGAUACCUUAUGUUUUGCACAGAAUUUCCGAGGAAUGAAUCUUAUCGAAUCACCAAAGCCAAAUUAUUUAAUAGAUAGUUUUGCAACUAAACUUAAUAAACUAUUCCCCAGCAAGCAGGUUUUCUUCUCAAGUGAUCUCUGUAUUGACGAUGCUUCAUUUUGGACUGAACUGUUGCAAGCUAUCACAGAUUAUGUUUCGAAAAAUGAAAAAAUUUUCGGUACCAUUCAGUGUUGUAGUUGA